CUCCACGCUGUGAGUGCGCAGCGCCUGCACCGAUCGCUGCAGUUUGAAACUUCAGCUCACUUUGCAUGAACCUGGCUGCAUACCCACACUGUCGUUUCCUCGGCCGUGAACGCUCCUCGGUGUUUCGGUGUGGCGGUCCCCUGCGGAUACUCCGAGCCCAUAAACCGUCUGGACAAGUGAAGAGAGGAUCCCCGGGAGUGGUCUGGAAACUUUGCCAUCAUGACCACGCGAACGGUCAACCUUGAUACCUACAGCCUGUCGCUGCUCACGGCCAAAGAGGACAUCCUCAACCCCCGUUCCUCCACCAACUGGGCACUGUUCACAUAUGAUGGAGUCAGCAACAAGCUCAAACUGGCCGACUCGGGAGUGGGUGGUGUGGCAGAGCUGGCAGGGAAGUUUCAUAUCUCCAAGCCCCAGUACGGACUGUGCAGAGUGGGAACUGCAGAGACAGGAGGCCCCCGCAUAGCUAUGAUCAGCUGGGUUGGCCAAAACGUGGAUGACUACCGGAGAACGGAAUGUGCCAGCCACAUGCCGGCCAUCAAAAACUUCUUCAAGGAAGUUCAUGUCUUCAUCAGUGCAGAGAAGGUGGAUGAGGUGACAGAGGAGAAGAUAGCAGCUGAGCUCAGUAAGGCCGCGGCCCGUGCUCCUGUGGACCGAGUCAGGAGGAGCUCCAGAUCUGUGGAGAAGGAGGAGACAGUGGGUACAAACUACAGAAAAACUAACGCUGCACUGGAGAUGAGACGAAUCAACAGAGACUCCUUCUGGGCACGUGCAGAGCGUGAGGAGGAAGAAAGGAAAGAGGAAGAGAGGAGACGAGCAGCAGAGGAGAGACGGCGCCUUGAGAGAGAAAGAGUCAUGAAGGAGCGAAGGGAAGCUGAAGAGAGAGACCGAAAGAUGAACGAGAAACUACAGAUGAUCGAGGAGCAGAGAAGAAAACAGGCAGAGAAAGAAGAAGAGCUGCGCAGACAGGAGCGAUUAAGAUGGGAGCAGCAGCAGAGGGAGCAUGAGGAGGAUAUGCGGGCUCGUCUCAGAAGGAGUGAAUCCAUAGAGAAAGCAGCAGAGGCAGCAGCAUUGGUGUCCCAGCGCUCCAUGAAUCCUAGGGAGUUCUUCAGGCAGCUGUCAUCAUCAUCUCAAAGUCCCACCAGUCCUGGAAGUGGCCGCACAGGCAAACCUCCGUUCAGACGAUACCAGCGCAGCCUGACAGACACAGCCUUCAUCUUCCAAAAGUCAGAAGACAGCACCAGCACCUCCCCUCGCAGUCCUCCACUGGUGUCACCUUUCUCGCGAGCCCCUCCUUCCCCCUUCUACCGCACCACCUCUCCUCCCACCAGCCCCAGUUUCCGCCCAAUCACCUCUCCUCAAAGGCCCCGAGCGCCCAUGAUCACACCGCCCUCAUCACCUGUGCGCUCCGCCCCUCCAGUCUCGUCGCUGCCCGGUCUCAACCUGAUCAACCACCAGGCUCAUGCCCCCGUCAAGCCCAGAUCUCCGUCACCCACCGAGCCCUCUGCACCUCCAGCCUCCCCUAGUCUCUUGGCCUCCUUCUCCUCCAGUUUACCACAAGACCAUCCUGCAGAGCCACAGCCUGAGGCCCUGCCGCCCUCCCCCCCAGUCACCCCACCUCAGGGCCGGGCCCAGACACAGACCCAAACUGCAUCGCGUUCUCCGCAGGAUACCCCGAUCCCUGAGCCUGAGCCAGUCCCACAGGCCCCGACAGCUCCACUGCCAGUGAGCCCACAGCCAAUCACAGACCUGUACAAAGCCACUGAGCUGGUCUCAGACACUGGCUAUUCAGUGAAAGCUGUGCUGGUGGAGGAAGAUGAGGAAGAAGAUGAAGAGAAGGAGGAAGAGAAGCCUGAAGAACCACAAUCAGAACCUCGUACAGUCGCCGCAGAACCUGCCCGGGCUUUUGAGGAGCAGGAAGAGGAACAGGAGGAGGAAGAGGAGGAUGAACAGGAGGAGAGGGGAUCUAAGGAGGAAGCAGAACCUGCAUCACUGGAAGAGCGAGUGGAGACAGCACUGGAGGAAGAGGAAGAAGAGGCAGAGGACAUUGAACAGCAGAACGACCACACAGAUUACAGCCAGGCCCUCACUCAGCCAGCUGCAACGGAGCUGUUUGAAGAGGAGGAGGAGGAAGAGGAGGAGGAAGAGUCUGCAGUAACAGAUGGUAAAGCAAUUUGUCAACAAAUCAAGCAAGAGGCUGCAGUCCCGGCGACAAAUGGGAUUACAAAUGAAGAGAACAUACGGAAACAGAACGGCAUAGAGAGGUCUUUGAGCCCAUCUGACACUGAACUGAGCAACUCAGAGCUGGCUGUGUGCUACGAUCUGCAUGGUACAGUGAAGGAGGUGGAGGAGGAAGAGGAGGAGGAGGAGGACGAGGAAGAUGCUGAGGAUCAGGGAGAGGAGAUUCCAGAGAACGGACAAAUGGCUACACCAGAGCGACAAAUGUGCGUCCGGGCGCUGUACGACUACCAAGCAGAGGACGAGACCGAGAUCUCCUUUGAACCCGGUGACAUCAUCAGCGACGUGGAAACGAUAGAUAAAGCCUGGUGGAGGGGGUGCAGCAAAGAUGGCCGUCAGGGCUUGUUCCCUGCCAAUUAUGUGGAGACGAUAUAGGCAGGCAGGCAGAAACACACAUAUGCAAACACAACCACCCACCAACACACAAACACACACACACACACACACACACACACACACACACACACUCAGGGUUACCAUCUCCCCUUACAUUUUUACUAGUAUAUGCAUGUCUUCUUCUUAACUCUGCCACUGAAAAUUUCUGUUUUAUAUAUUGUUGAAAACUUAUAAAGAAUAACAUCCGACACUUUGCUCUCUAUUUCGAUGUUAUUUGGACAAAACACAAAAACAACAACAACAACAACAACAACAACAACAACAACAAAGAAAUUCGUACAGAAACUACCCAGCCUCAUAUUCUAGGAUAAAAUAAUAGAGGCCUUUUUCUGGACCAAAAUAUGUUAUUUCCUUUUGAGAUACAGCAGGAAUGUUGGUGGGAGGGAUCGGAUCACAAGAACAAAUGAUUGCACGCUUGCUUUUUUUUUUUUUAUUAGAAAAAACAACAACAACAGAUUUUUAUUGUGUAAAUUCCUUCUUUGAACACACACUUAUUGCAGAGCAUUCCUUUCUGCUUACCAUUUUGCAUCAUGUGCAAAGGUUAAGUUGCAUCGCUCAAAAUGAAUUUACUGCUCUUGACUGUUGUGUAAUCUUAUUCACAUCUUCCUGUAUUUCCAGAGUUAUUUUGUAGGGUUUAUUGUACCAGUUUGUUGACGAACAGCAUUUGGUGCUUACAAUAUCUCAGCGCUCCUUAUUUACCAAUGGGAAACCUGUACAACAGCAUUGAAAAAUGAUGAAUGAGCUGAGUAAAUAUACACUGUAUCAGCAUCUGUGUCUCUAAAUCACUCUUUAAUAAGGGCUUUUUUUUUUUUUUUUUUAUCUGAUCACAUGCUGAAUGUUAUCUCUGAAGAUUUUAAAGCAUUACAUUGACACACAUAUAGAUGCUCUAUUAAAAAAAAAAACCUGUUACAUCCAACUAUAAUGCUCCUUUAUGUCUUAAUACACUACACAUGUAUAUAAGAAUGUAUAGACACAUCAAAGAUCUUCUCUUUUUCUAUAAUCAAGUUGUUUUGUUUGUGUGAUCUUUGUAUUUACUCCAAACUCACAAAUAUAUUCCAUCUCCAAACUCAAAA